AUGACUUCCACGCUCGAGAAAGAGGCAUAUCCAGCUUUAGAUCAAUUAUCAGCUAAAACCAGUUCACAAAGCCUCCAACGUGUGAGGCUUAUAAAAGGUCGUUUGGUUGCUCUGUCUGGCCGUGUUCAGAAGGUGAGAGAUGAGCUUGAACAUUUACUGGAUGAUGAUGCAGACAUGUCCGAGAUGUACUUGACCAAAAAACUUGCUGGUCUAGAAUCUGAUAGGUUCAUACUAAAUGUUGAGCAGAAGGAUGCCAAUGAAUCUGAAUUACAUGAUAUGAGUGAUGAGGACACAAGUGACGGAAGCAGCAUCGCACCUAUUAGUGGUCAUAAGCCAAAUAUUGAAGAGUUGGAAUUACUAUUGGGAGCAUACUUCAUGCAAAUGGAGGAAAUCUUAAACAAACUACUCAGUCUGCGGGAAUAUGUCCAUGAUACAGAGGACUAUAUCAACAUCAUAUUGGAUGAAAAGCAAAAUCAGCUACUGCAAUUGAGUGUUAUUAUUAACACAGCGACGACAAUGCUCAAUCUAGGCAUUUUGAUUUUUGGAAUAUUUGGCAUGAAUGUACACAUCGCUCUCUUCGACUUUGGAACCUAUGCACAGUGGUAUGCAGCUGCUGCUGGUGUUGUUGGAGGUGGCUCAAUCCUAUUUAUUAUAGCCAUCUUAUGGUUUAAGACAAAAAGAUUGCUAGAUUGAUGAAACUCUGUCCCAGUGGAUGUUAAUUCAAAACAUGUAGUAUCUGCGUUGAAGUAUUGUGCUCAAGUAAACUCUCUAACCUUGCUGCAAAUAAAAGAC